AUGUUCAAUGAUAGUAUUUGCACUAACGCUCCUGCGUCCACUGCGACGGAUGCGGGAAUUGCUGGCGCUGGCGUCCUACUUUCCUUUAUCAUCACGGCUUUCGUAUCCUUGCUUCUAUCCGCUAUCAUAAUCCUGCACGAAGCGCGGCGGAAAUCCGAGGCCAAGAUACUAAGGAAAUUGUUGUUGAGUUUUAGUGAUCAACAGGUCUUGACGGGCAUUGGGAUCCAGAGUAUCGCACUGGCCAAAAUGGGAACGAUGGUUCCAUACCACUUCUUCCUGGUAUGGAUGCUUAGUCUCCUGAGUACGGCAACACAUGUUGGAACCCUGCUAGCUCUCGUCGCUGAUUUCAAGAGGGAUUGGGUCCUCCGCUGGCUCCGCCAAUUCUUCAUGUUCGUGAACCUCUGCCUCUCGCUCGUCUCGGGCGUUUUCGUCCUCCUAUCAGUAAGGAAAAAUAUGGCCGAAUUUCCCCGUUGGACCCUACCAAUUGCCUGCGUCUGGCCACUCUCUACAACCACCGCGCCGUCCAACGCCCCAAUAUCAAUCGCUGGCACCAUUGCUGUCAUGACUGGGCAGGUGAUUUUUUUUGUGGUUGGGGUGUGGUAUUUACAUGUCAAGGAACGGAAAUGGGUUAAAGUUAUACAAAUGUUGGGUUUGGUGGUUUUGGUGGGGAUAGGUGCUGGUGCUGCUGUCAGGGUCAUUUUGCUCAGUCAGGCGUUUGGACAUCCGAAUGUGCCGUUAAAGGAUUCAGGGGAGAGGGAUUGGAGUUUUGGACAAUUGCUACCAUUAUUGCUUUUACUCUUACCCUUGGUCAGUUCGGUGGAGAUUCUCAGAGGAGAGAUGAAGAUCCCGUCACCGAUGGUGGAUGAUUGUAUUCCACUGGUUGAUCAGAACGACAAACAAGGCGUGAGAACCUCGUUCCAGCCUAAUCCGUUUUGGGGUUCGCAAGUUAGUCGUUUUAGCAAGUACUAA